AAAGAGUUGUUUCACUUUCACCUAAACAUUCAUUCAUUCACUCCUUUGUUGUCCAAAGACAGAGACUGCUCAAAAACUGAAACCAAAUGUCGUCGUCUCUCCCUUCACUUCGUCGAGUCAACUACGAUGUCUUCCUCAGCUUCAGAGGAGCAGACACCCGUAAAAACAUCAUUAGCCAUUUGCACAAAGAACUGCUCAGACAAGGAAUAAGGACUUUCAAAGACGACCGGACGCUGGAGAUAGGAGACUGUGUUCCAAGAAGACUCCGUCAAGCCAUCAAUACUUCGAGGUUUGCUAUUGUGGUCAUCUCAAAGAACUAUGGUACUUCAAGCUGGUGCUUGGAAGAGCUUCGAAUGAUAAUGAAUCUUGAAUUGGAUAAAAAGAUUGUUGUCAUUCCUGUUUUCUACGACGUGGAUAUCUCUGACGUUAGAAACCAUCGAAGAAGUUUUGCUUUAAUAUACCACCACCAAAGUCCCAAGAUUCCCAGCUGGAAAGAAGCUCUUCAGAGGAUCGCAAACACACAAGCCACCGAGUCAAGAAAAUGCAAAGACGAUGCCACAAUGGUUGAGGAAGUUGUUGAACUUGUUUCAAACACGUUGUUGUCUAAGUUGCCCAUGGGCCUCGGGGAUAUCGUUGGUAUGGAAGCUCACAUGGUCCAAAUCGAACAUCUUUUGGACAUGGCCUUCACGACCAAUGAGGUUCGUAUGGUAGGAAUAUGGGGAAUGGUAGGCAUUGGCAAAACAACCAUAGCCAAGAAUUUUUAUGAAAAACACAAACACCAUUUCAAGAAUCAUCACUGCUUCAUGGAAAGAGUUUCUUCUUUGAAAAAACAUGGUCCCUUAUUCCUACAGAAACAACUUCUUUCCAAUAUCAUUGCGAAAAAAGAUCUCAGUUCACUGAACCUUGGUCAGGGAGCUUCUUGUAUCAAGUCAAGGCUCGAAAACCUAAAAUCUCUAAUUGUUAUUGAUGAUGUGGAUGAUGUGAAACAGCUGGAUGACUUGGCAAAAGAGGCUAGUUGGUUUGGACCAGGGAGCCGAAUCAUCAUCACAACACGGGACAAGAGCUUGCUCAACUCCUCAUGUGCCGUGUACAAAGUUGAGUACUUAGAGGAUGAUAAGGCUCUCCAGAUCUUUCAGAGGAUUGCUUUUCAAGGAGCAAAACCUCCUACUGCCUACAAAGAUCUCUCUAUAAGUAUCUCUAACCUUGCUCAAGGUCUUCCUUCUGCCCUUGAGGAUUUAGGCACUUAUCUACGCGGCAAGUCCGUAGUGGAGUGGCGAGAUGCUUUGAAAUCAUUUGAGGAAGCACCUCUCGAGAAAACCAUGGUGGACUUGAAAAGUAGCUAUGAUGAUUUAAAUAACCUUGGUAAGAAAGCUUUUCUUCACGUCGCAUGCCUUUUUAAUGGAGAACCUGUACGGCGAGUCAGGAAACUUCUUGGUCAAGGUAAAGCCGGGACCAGAGUUUUAGAGGAGAAGUCUCUCAUCAAUGUGUCACCUGAUGGGCGUAUAGCUAUGCACCGUUUGUUGGAGCAAAUGGGAAAACAUAUUGUGCGUCAAGAUUCAGACAACAGCCCUGCUCAUCAACGUAUCUUGUGGCACCAUCAUGACAUCCGUCAAGUACUUGCAACCAAGACAGGUACACACUUAAUCGAAGGCUUGGCGCUAGAUGUUUGUGAGAUGCCCCCUGGAGUUCACAUCAACUGGGAGGUUUUCAAGCCAAUGCAUAAUCUCAGGUUUCUUAAGAUAUAUAAGUCUAAGCAAUGUGGAGGUUUAGAUCCCGGGAAAGAAGCUAUAAUUCUAGAGGAUAACUUGAGUGUACAUAAGCUUAGGUUACUACAUUGGGAUGCAUACCCUUUUACAACCUUGCCUGCCAGUAUCAGUCCAGAUUGUCUUGUUGAACUAAAUCUGUGUCACAGCAAGCUGAAAACCCUUUGGAGUGGAACACCGAAAUUUUUGAAUUUAAGGAAACUAGAUUUGACUGGAUCUAAGGAUCUAACAGAACUUCCAGAUCUUGAGGAAACACAGUAUCUAGAGGAGUUGAUACUGGCAGGUUGCAGUUCCUUGAAACAGAUGCCAAAGUCCAUCUGCAGCCUAUCUAGACUGCAGAAACUUGAUGUGUCAAACUGUGAUGGGCUUAAGGACCUGAGGAUCAAGAUAAUGAAAUCUAAAAGUGCUGUCUUGCAAGACACAAGCAUGCGCGUUAGAUCAGUCCGUCUGUGUUUUUAUGGCACAGAGCCGUUUUUGGGAGACACUCUGGGAUGCUCUCUAACAAAUCCAUCAAUCAAAGGCAACUUACAAGUAGAGCUGAUGCUUCUUGGAGGAUAUGCAGAGCAUCUAUCUUUUGUUUCUAAGAACCAUGUCUCUCGUGAACUGGAUCUCAAGUCACCUCCCUACGGUUUUAAAUCACUGGACAUCAUGCGGUUGAAGUGGAGCGUGAAGGGUGGUUAUUUCAAGUGUGGUAGCUUUUCAGGCUUUCCUUGGUUACAAGAGUUGAAUCUAAUCAACCUAAACAUCCAGAAGAUCCCUGAUGACAUUGAGCACAUGCAAGUCCUAGAGAAGUUGGAUCUCAGUGGGAAUAUCUUUGAGAAGUUACCUACAACAAUGUGUUACCUUACAAAGCUGAAACACUUGACGCUCUCUAACUGCCGUAGCCUUCAAGAAUUGCCAGGACUACCUCAGGUGGAGAGUCUAACACUUUCUGACUGUACAAACCUCAGAACUCUGGUGAAGAAAGAUCACGGAACAUACAGUCUGCUUGAGCUCUGGCUUGACAACUGCAAGAAAAUUGAGUCAUUACCAAAUGAGCUUAAGCAUUUAACCAAGUUGACGUAUUUAGAUCUCAGCAGACACGAUUUCAAGAUAAUAUCGUCAAAGAUGGUGGGCGAGUUAACCUCAUUGGUAACUCUCAGCCUCAAUUACUGCAACAACCUUGUAUCACUGACAGGGCUUCCACUGAGUCUUAAGUGCCUAAAUGCACAUGGUUGCAAGUCUCUUAAAACUUAUUCCCUUCAGGCCGCGCAUUCUAUUGAUCACCUGGAUCUUAGCGCUUGCUCCAAUGGGAAGGACAAUAGUAUAAUCACUAGGUUUCCAGCUGGAAGACGCGGUAAAGAGGUACCACUAUGUGCUUGUCUUUGCUUCCAGGAAACAACAAGACUUGGUAAAUAUAAUCAUGUGACUUGUAAACACAUAUCGAUUUUCAUGAGGCGUUUAAAGUCAUGGGUGUUGGGUUUCUUCCUGUUUAUAUUGGCUGUGGUUCUCGGCGUUUUGCUUGUGGUGAUAACUGAUCCUAUCUCCGCAACUACACUACUAAUGGUUACUUUUAUGUAUCUGAAGUUGUAAAAAAAAACUCCAAGGAAGGUGUUUGCGUGUUUCAUUAAACAUAUUAUGUUUCAUUUGCCG